AUGGCUCCUGAACAGUCCGAGGAUGAGUUCAGCCUCUCGAGAAACAAGAACCAGAGCACGGGACUCAUGAUGAAGAUCCGGAAAUUUAACCCCAAAGAAGUUUUCACCUGGAAGCUGGCCAAGACGUGGGCCAUGGGUCAGGGCCUGGCUGUGCUCAUUUGUGGGACGGCCAUCUGCUCCCAGUACCUGGCCACAAACUUCCAGGUGAACACACCGAUGCUGCAGAGCUUCUUGAACUACAUCUUGCUGUGUGUCACCUACACAACUAUGCUGCUCUGCAGAAGAGGGGAUGGCAAUAUUUUACAGAUCCUGAAGAGACGAGGGUGGAAGUACCUUCUGCUUGGGCUGGUCGACGUGGAGGCCAACUACACUGUGGUGAAAGCAUACCAGUACACCACCAUCACCAGCGUCCAGCUGCUGGACUGCUUUGUGGUGCCGGUCCUGAUGAUCCUGUCCUGGUGGAUUCUGAAGAUACGCUACAAGAUGGUUCACUUUGUGGCUGUGUGCAUCUGUCUCCUCGGGGUGGGGGCCAUGGUGGGGGCUGACCUGCUGGCUGGACGAGACCAGGGCUCCACCUCGAACAUCCUGUUAGGUGACGGCCUGGUGCUGAUCAGUGCAAUGCUGUACGCCAUCUCCAACGUGUCUCAGGAAUACACAGUGAAGAACCUGAGCAGAGUGGAAUUCCUUGGCAUGCUUGGCCUGUUCGGCACAAUCAUCAGCACCGUGCAGAUGGUGAUCCUGGAACGUAAUGAAGUCGCUAACAUUCAGUGGAGCUGGGAAGUUGGGCUCCUGUUCUCGGCUUUUGCUUUGUGUAUGUACACUCUGUACAGCUGCAUGCCCUUAGUGAUGAAGCUGAGCAGCGCCACCUCCAUCAACCUCUCCCUGCUCACCACUGACCUCUUCAGCCUCUUCUGUGGGAUCUUCCUCUUCCAGUACAACUUCUCUGGACUCUACCUGGUCUCACUGGUGGUCAUCCUCAUCGGCUUCAUCACCUACAACGCUGUGCCAACCCCUGCCGCCCCCACAGAGGAGGAGGAAGAGGAGAGAUUCAGAGCCACCACAGACCUCACCACCUCCUCUUCCAUCUGUGAGCAAGGACGCUACUACGACGCUGCAGCCUCUCAGAGCGAAAUCACCAAGCAGGAAGUGUCCGUGAGGAUCCCCACUGAGGAGGUAGAGGAUGACAAAGAGGAGCAGAAGGCUGAUGUAGAGAAGAAGGACAGGAGGAAGGAAGAGAAGAAGAGGAGGAGGAAGAAGAGGAGACAUUCAGAGCCAUCACAGAGCCAUAGAGGAGGGAAGGAUUUUGCUGUUGGAUGCAGCACUAAAAUGUGA